GAGUUUAGAGGGCGCUACGUGUCCUUUCCCUGUCCGUUCCCCAAGCGCCGCCUUCUCCGUGCACGCGUAGCUUGGUCUUUCGUGGCAAAAUGAAGUUACACGACUGUGACCACAAUUUUUACGGCAUCAAAACAGCGAUAUUCGUCGAGAUUACUGGUGAACCUGUGCCGAUAGUGACCGCCAACGUCAAAGACAAGGUUGUGCCUUACCUCAGCGGACCGAAGCUCCCGGUGCUAAGGCUUGAAGACGGUACCACUUUGUUCAACGCUAAUGCCAUAUGCAGGUUUCUGUGGGAGAAGUCUGGGAAAAAUUCACUUCUUAUCGAAGACGAAGAAUGGUCCGAAUGGGAAGCCGUGAAACUACAGCCUGCUGUGGCAAGAGCUCUCUUAGAGCAUAUACAACAUGGAAAGGUUGACAGCAGCAUACAGCUCCAACUCAAAGCACUCUUGAGACACCUGGAUGGUUUCAUAUCUCAACAUUCCACAUUAAGUAAGAAUGCACAAGGUUCUGGCUUUGCCGAUGCCAUUGUUUGGUCUUCCAUACUGCCACUUAAAACUGUUGACAGCUUAUUUACAGGUCUAGUAGUUCCUUGCAAGGCUCUGUGCAAAUGGUUCAGUCAUUUAGAAGCCAACGCAAGUUUUCAAAAAGCACUAAAGUUGGUUCUUCCAAAGGAAGGCUUCAAAGGAUUCAAGGAAUCCCUCGUGGCUUUUGCACCACAAUGUUCUUCAACUGUGCCACCGAAAACACCUGACGCAGUCUCCCAGAGGUCAAGCAUCAGUUGUGCCCCAGCACCAGUGGAAGACAGGGAGCACACAUUCAGUGCAGAAGAAAUUGACAAGGCCUUUCAAGUAUGGACAGAUCCUCAGAACAAGGCUACAGAACUUCAAAAGCGGACUGUACCGAUACUCCCCAGGAAGGGUGAGAAGAAUGUCCUCAUCACAAGUGCAUUGCCCUAUGUCAACAAUGUACCACACCUGGGGAACAUUGUUGGGUCUGUAUUGAGUGCGGACGUGUUCGCGAGGUAUUGUCGGAUAAGAGACUGGAACACAUUGUAUGUGUGUGGCACAGACGAGUAUGGCACAGCCACCGAGACCAAGGCACUGGAGUUGGGCAUCACACCUCGCGAGAUCUGCGACCGGUUUAACAAGAUCCACAGUGACAUUUACCAGUGGUUCAACAUCUCCUUCGAUCAUUUCGGGAGGACAACAACUGAGCAGCAGACAAAAAUUGCGCAACAGAUCUUCCUAGAGCUUCACCAGAAUGGAUAUUUGCUUGAAGAAGUGGUGGAACAGCUCUACUGCAGUCAUUGUGACAGGUUUCUUGCAGACAGGUUUGUUGAAGGCACCUGCCCAUUUUGUGGUUAUGAGGACGCACGGGGGGACCAGUGUGAUCUCUGCUCAAAGCUCAUAAAUCCAACAGAGCUCAAAGAAGCACGGUGCAAAUUGUGCAAGGAGAGUCCGGUGCUGAAGACAUCAGGCCACCUUUUCAUUGACCUCCCCAAGUUAGAGCCUGCUUUUACGGAAUGGUUCAAGAAAAAGACUUCAGGAGAUCAAUGGACGCAGACUGCCAAAGUGAUAACGAAUUCCUGGCUCAGGGAUGGCCUGAAGCCUCGGUGCAUCACAAGAGAUCUCAAGUGGGGCACACCGGUCCCAUUGCAGAAGUAUAAAGACAAGGUAUUUUAUGUGUGGUUUGAUGCUCCUAUUGGCUACCUCUCCAUUACGGCCAACUACACUAGCGAAUGGGAGCUUUGGUGGAAGCAGCCUGACCAAGUGACAUUGUACCAGUUCAUGGCUAAGGACAACGUGCCAUUCCAUGCUAUCGUGUUUCCUAUGACACAGCUGGGCACGCACCAAAGCUACACGUCAGUUGACCAUCUUAUGGCCGUAGAGUACCUAAAUUAUGAAGAUGCCAAGUUCUCAAAGAGUAGAGGAGUCGGUGUGUUUGGAAAUGAUGCCCAGGACACUGGUAUCCCUGCUGAUGUUUGGAGGUUCUAUCUCAUGUACCAGCGUCCCGAAAAUCAGGACACAAGUUUCUGCUGGAGUGAUCUGCAGCUGAAGAACAACUCUGAGCUGUUGAACAACCUUGGAAACUUUGUGAACAGGGCGCUCACCUUUCUGUUCAAUAAUUUUGGUGGUGUGGUGCCUGAACUCAACAUUGUUGAUGAAGACAAGCUGGUCAUUGCUAAGGUAUCAGCACAACUGGGGCACUACAUCAGUUUUAUGGACAAAGUCAGGCUACGCGAUUCGAUUCGGUGCAUAUUGAGCAUCAGCCGAAUAGGCAACCAGUACAUCCAGUUCCACAAGCCUUGGGAGCUUGUAAAAGGAACACCAGAGCAAAGGCUGCGUUCAGCAAACAUCAUGGCACUGUGUGCCAACGUGGCCUGUCUCCUGGCUGGAAUGCUGCAGCCAUUCAUGCCCGAUACCAGCGAAGCCCUGAGACAGCAGCUGAAUGUGCCCAUGUUCAAGCUGGAACCUCACUUUGUACCACUCUUGAAGGCUGGCCACAAGAUGAACAAGCCACUGCCUCUUUUCAAGAAGAUUGAACAGGAGACGAUAGACACCCUGAAGAAACGGUUUGAAGGCAAGACACCAAGUCCAGCAAAGGUUGUGAAUGGCCACAAGGACACUAGCAUUAAUUCUGUGAACAGUCAUGCUUCCGGUGACACCAGCUUGAAUGCAGAGGAGCUCACACAUCAGGUGCAAGUUCAGGGCAACAAGGUCAGGGAACUCAAGGUUGCCAAGGCAGACAAGGCAACCAUCGACAAGGAAGUGGUGCGCCUCUUGGACCUCAAGAAACAGCUCGCUGCAGCCCUGGGCGAGGAAAUGCCAGCGCCCUCAAACCAGAAGCGUGGUGGCCAGAAAAAGAAGAAAUGACCAAGCAAUCGGGACGGAUUCGAGCCACUUAUUUAUUUCGUAAAUAACAAAAGCACACAACUGACAAAAAAAAAGUGCAAGUUCUCUCUUCUUAGUGAGGGUGGGGAUACAUGAGCAGAAGGAGAGUUGGGGGCUAUAUUCACGAAAGCAUUUGGUGUAAUAAUGGCCCAGAAGAUAGAAAGUGCUGCUCCCCUUUGCACAAGCUCCAGCCAGUGACGAAACAGUUCUUACACACAUAAAGCUUUGUGAACCAAGCCCCAAAUUUUAAAGCUGGGAUUGCUUCCUCGAUCAAUCACUUUCAGGAAUAUCGCAGCCAGCGUGGAAUAACUUACUUAACCACUAAAUAAGGUGUGACAUUA